UUGGCAACGCUGCCGCGCAUGACGUCUCCGUUUGUUGACGUCUGACGUGCAAUAGGGAAAGGAGCAAAACUUUUCGAUACAAUAGGAAAAAUAACGCAACAACAACACCAUGGAAGAUGAAUUCGAAUCGUAUGAUCCUACAUUGCAGAACAUAAUCGAUCAAACGUCGCUCAAAUGGGUGUUUGUGGGUGGUAAGGGAGGUGUCGGUAAAACAACAUGCAGCUGCAGUCUGGCCGUCCAGCUGGCACAGAAACGUGAAUCCGUACUCAUUAUCUCGACCGAUCCGGCGCACAACAUUUCCGAUGCGUUUGAUCAGAAGUUUACCAAGGUACCGACGAAGGUGAACGGAUUUGACAAUCUAUUCGCGAUGGAGAUCGAUCCGAACGUGGGCAUCAGUGAGCUUCCGGAUGAGUAUUUCGAGGAUGACGCAUCACCGCUAAACGUCGGGAAAGGAAUGCUGCAGGAGGUGAUCGGUACGCUCCCUGGUAUCGAUGAGGCGAUGAGCUACGCGGAAGUUAUGAAGUUGGUAAAAGCGAUGAACUUUUCGGUGGUUGUGUUUGACACUGCACCAACCGGCCACACGCUUCGAUUGCUUUCAUUCCCGCAAGUCGUCGAGAAGGGAUUGGGCAAGCUGCUGCGAUUAAAGAUGAAGCUUGCACCGAUCAUUUCGCAAAUGGGUUCUCUUUUCGGUGUGCAGGAUUUCAAUGGCGAUACUAUUGCCAACAAGCUGGAAGAGAUGCUCAGUAUCAUCCAGCAGGUGAACGAGCAAUUUCACAACCCGCAACAAACGACGUUCGUGUGUGUCUGCAUUGCCGAGUUUUUGUCCCUCUACGAAACGGAACGACUCGUACAGGAGCUAACCAAGUGCGGUAUCGACACGCACAAUAUCAUCGUCAAUCAGUUGAUGUUCCAAAAGAAGGGUCAACAACCGUGCAGCAUGUGUUCGGCGCGGUGCAAAGUACAGGAAAAAUAUCUCGAUCAAAUUGCCGACCUGUACGAGGAUUUUCACGUGGUUCGAUUACCAUUACUGGACGAGGAGGUGCGGGGUGUGGAGAAGGUUAAAAAGUUUUCGCGCAACCUACUAGUCCCGUACUCUCCCGAUGCUCCUCCACCGCAGGAGUAAGUAGGCGUAUCUCUCUUUUGAGGUCGUUUCCCUGGGUUCUACAUAAUUGGGUUUGCAAAUGGCACUACAUUUUGUCGGGUAUAGUUUUGUAAAUGCUGCAAUUGAUAAAUUAUAUUUACCGCCCCAUUGCUCAGCACUGGCAAUCGCUGCAAUGCGCGUGAAGAUGA